AUCUGUCAAUCAUUUCCCUGUAAUCAUUGUAGUCUCUGGAAAGUUACUGACUGAGAGGAAUUUACAUCUGUUUUACACCUCUCCCUCUCUGUCUAGCUCCCUUAAAUCCCCAUCUUCUUCCCCUAACAGAAACCCCCUUCAGUUCUGACUUUCAAGUAUUGACAUGGAAGAACUGAGUUUUUAUAUUGGGAUCAUAGGCAACAUCAUCUCAGUACUAAUGUUUCUUUCCCCCGUUUGUGAAUGCAGCGGAACAUUUUGGAGAAUAAUAAAGCAGCGGUCGACAGAGCAGUUUGAGAGCCUUCCUUACAUCUGCACAUUGUUGAAUUCAUCUUUGUGGACUUACUAUGGAAUUAUAAAGGCAGGGGAAUUACUCGUGGCCACUGUUAAUGGUUUUGGCAUCCUUGUCGAAACUAUCUACGUCACUUUAUUUCUUAUAUAUGCGCCUGCAAGAUCUAAGGCUAUGACAGUCAUUCUUGUCGGGUUGUUGGAUGUGGGCUUCCUAGCAGCAGCGAUUCUAGUUACUCAAUUGGCAUUGCAGGGAGAGACACGUAUUGAUGCUGUAGGGUUCCUGGGUGCAGGGCUUAACAUUGCAAUGUACAGCUCACCUCUAGCCGUCAUGAGAACAGUGGUGACAACCAAGAGUGUGGAGUACAUGCCAUUCUUUCUCUCAUUUUUUCUCUUCUUGAACGGUGGGACUUGGGCUUUCUAUGCUCUUCUCGUGCGCGAUUACUUCCUUUUGGUACCGAAUGGAUCUGGGUUUCUACUUGGAACAGUGCAGCUAGUGCUAUAUGCAAUUUACAGGAAGCCCAACCUGUCCAAAAAUGUUUCUGAUCAUAGACUGGAAGAAGGAUGGCAACAACAGGCCGAACCCCUCAUCUCCAGUACCUCAAGUCGAUCAAUUACAUGAAAAAUCAUAGCUCUCUGCAGUGCAGUAUAGUGCAUUUUUCCAACUAUAUUCAUAUAAAGUAAAUUACUUGAAGCGAUUGCAGAUUAAAAUUGGGUUGAGUGUCGUGCGUGAGAGUACUACUACUACUACAGCUCGAUCGUGUUCUAGCUAGCUUAAUUUAAAUUUCGAGCUACCUAUGAUCGAUAAUAAUUGCUUAAGUUCUCUAGUUUUGUUUUGGAAGGUCAUGUUUAGACGCCAAAAUGUUAUAUUUAGAGGAGGAGUCCUGCUAC